UUUUUCCACCAUCAGAGCAUCAAUUCCGUUCCCCGUGAGCACAUCGAGCGUGUGAGCUGAGCAAGUUUAGAAUUUAUAGAUUAGCAGACUUUGUGCGUGUCGUCGAGAUGGCAUUCAAAUAUGUGGUGUUGGCUGUCGCCCUUGUUGGGCUGGUCGGAGCUAAUCCAGCGAAUAAACCUGCCUUCUGGAAGGGAACCCCCAUGGAUGGGAUGGUCGAGGAGAUGAGAUCCAUGUGCAGCUCGGAUAACGACUCCGGGGCUUGCCUGAAGUACAAGAUCAUGUACUUCUUGGAUACCGUGUUCAAAAAGGAUAACUUCCAGCUCACUGAUGACGUCGAGGUUCACGGAAACGGAUACGCUGGAAAUGGAGCACGCAGCAGCAAUGGAAUCAUCGACAACGUCGAAGAGUACCUGAAAAGCCACGAUGUUACCUUCAAGCUGCCAGUGGCUGAUGCUAAGGUCACCGUCUCGCCACGCAACCUGGACAACGAAGAACUGAGCCUGACUGUCAGCUUCCCAAAAACCUCGGGACGUAGCGCCGUUGAAGCUCGCAAGUCCAAGCUGAAGAAGAUCGUCAUUCCAAUCAUGGUGUUCAUUCUGCUGAAGGCCAUGACUCUGAUCCCAAUGGCUCUCGGAAUCCUCGGACUGAAGGCCUGGAACUCCCUGCAGCUGUCCUUCUUCUCCUUCAUCGUGUCCGUUGGUCUGGCCAUCUUCCAGCUGUGCAAGAAGCUUGCCGUUGACAACCAUCACCCACACAUUGCCGCUCACGGUCCAUGGGAUGCUGGCCGAUCGUUUGCCGCUGCUCCAAUUGAACCUGAGUACGUCGGACAGGAUCUGGCCUACAAUGCCUAUGCCUAAAGCAGGAUGCAGGAGAGCCGAAACAAAAGACUCGAAUCAUUGCUCGGAGCGAGCAAAUCUAGUGACACCAAAAGUGAAUUUUUCACUCUACUUGGAUAAUGCGUGUAGUAUCGAAUUAAUUUAUUUAUUUAUUUGCGCCCCUCUCAAACUAAGAUGCUUUAUUGAUACGAACUGUUAAAGUGCAAUAAAAAUCGAACGAAUGUAAAGUGAUUUUGAAA